AUGAAUUAAAUAGAAUAAACACCAAAAAAAGGAAUAUUUAAAAAUUCAGAACCUAUAGAAAUCUCACAUUAUCAAAUAGAUAGGAAAAAAUUCUAUGGUAAAGGACAAUAUGGAGCUGUUUAUGGCUGUACAGAUCAUUAGAAUCCCAAUAGGUAACUAUGUGCUAAGGUUUUGAAAGUUGAGGAUGUUGAUUAAUUAAUCUUGAAAAGAGAAAUCGAAAUUAUAUCAGUUCUUAUGCCUAUCUAAAAAGAAAACAAGAAUUUAAUCUAAGUAUUUGAAGUAUUCAAUGAAAAAUAACAUGGCAGUGUUUAUAUAAUCAUGGAACUUUGUCAAGAAGGAGAUCUUAAAUAACUUAUGGAUAAAAGGAAAAAGAAAAACUAAUUAUUCACUAUAGAUGAAGCAAUUAAGAUUGUUGCACAAAUAGCCAAUGGAUAUCAGACACUCUAUAAUUGUAGAAUUAUUCAUAGAGAUAUCAAACCAGCCAAUAUUCUGAUUUCAAAUGGUGUCUUCAAAAUUGCUGAUUUAGGUAUGGGAAGAGUAAUUGAAGAUAUGAAUUAUGCUCAAAACUUUACUAAAGUUGGAACACCUGCUUAUGCAGCUCCUUAAUUAUUUUUAGAAUCAAAAUUCUCUUCAAAAGCUGAUGUUUAUUCAUUAGGUGUCAUAUUUUAUCAAUUAAUUUAUGGAUAAUUACCUAUAUAAGCUAACACAUAACCAGAACUAUUAUAAAAAUUAAGAAGUCUCAAAGCAACACCAAAACAAUGUGAUGAAUAAUGUCCGACAGGGUUUGUACCUUAAAAUAUUAGAGAAUUAAUUUAAAAGAUGCUUUAUUAUGAUGAAAAUGAAAGAUGUUCAUGGUUAGAUGUAUUUAAAUCUGAUGCUUUGAGUUAGAUAUUAUCUGAAUCUAAUAAUUAAUAAAUACCAAUUCAAAUCACUAAGUCUAAGCUCCAAUCUAUAACCUCUACUGUACAAUACUAAAACUAUUACAGAGUAGAGGAGAUAUCAAAUAACAAAAUUCUUUAAAUUACUCGUAUUUUGACUACUAAAAGUGAUUUGGCCAAUAAAUGUCAUAAAUAUUUAUAAGAGUAAAAGUAAUUUAUUUGAUAUGACUAUUCUUAGGUCUGGUUAAACUGUUUUCCCUUUGAAAUAAGGUGAAUUGAUAUUACUCUCUUUAUCUGUCUCAGGAUAUAGAUAUAAAUUAAUUUAAAAUAUUUUAGGAUUACUACUUAAUUAAUAUUAUUAAUUGAUUCCUGAAUUAUAAGAAAUUAUCUCUCCAUAAGAAUUACAAGAGAACUCUUAAAUUAAUGAUGUAAAUUCUAAAACUUUGAAAGAAUACAUACAAAAAACACUCAAUUAAUCCAUUCUUUUAUUCAGAGUAAUAUUAUUAUACUUAUUUCUAGGAAGAUGAAUGUAAAUUCUUUAACUCCAGUUUCAAAAGAGACUUACCUGAAGUAAAGGAAUUAAAGAAGAAUCUUGAAUAAGAUGAUGGUACAAAUUACUUAUUCUUUGCUCAAAAAUUCUCAUUUUUUUAUAAAUUCUUUGAAGAAUCCUUUUCUGAAAAUAAAAAUGAACCAAAUAAUUAGAAGUAAAUAUAUAUAUAUAGAGAAAUCAUAGAUUAUUAAAAUAUUUAGACAAAAUGAAUGAGGUAGUAACUUAGUUUUCAAUAUAAGAAUUCUUGAAAACCCGACCAACAGAUAUUUUAGAAAAAUCAAAAUCUUUAAGUUGA